AUGGCGCGGCCCAUACCGCACACUGACUUGCGGCACCUACCGAAGCAGGGCGACAAGGAACUGAAACCAAAGGAGACCCAAUCGUUUUUAGACAUCACAAUAGAUGGUAUUAAACAUACAACUAGUCAAAAUCUCCUACUAGGGACUAUAACGGGUUGGGGUGCGGGUGUGUCGAUCGUCCGAGUGGGGAGGAUCGCGGCCGUUGGCCUCGGAGGCAGCAUCAUCCUCCUUCACUUCGCCGCGGAGUUCGGAUACAUAAACGUGAACUGGGACAGAGUCAAGGAGACUGCAGGGGAGAGCCAGCAGUGGCUAGACAGAGUACUUCGCUUCAUAAAGAAGAACAAUUGCUUCUCUGUCGGAUUCAUGGGCGGGUUCUUCUUCGGCGUGGCGUCCACGUAA